UUAUUUGAUCGACACAAAUUUAGAAAAUCAAGCAGUGGAGCAAUGCACAGAGUUGAGGCCAACUGAAGAUCCAUUUGUAAUGCACACGGGGGUGACGCCGUAUGUCUAGAAUCGCAUAACCAAAGACGAGACGAGCGUGGGAUCCGUCCCUGUACUGCCGCCGCUGCCUGCCUCAUUUGGAAUAGCACAGAAAACCGUUAUUUUUCGCUCUGCGUCCUGAAGAGGCCAAUUUCAGGGAUAGUCCCAUUUGGGCAUUCUUGAUCAUCGGGAGGUUUUUACUGUGUCUAAUAGACGACAGUGCAGACUGCCAUUAGCGGUAGCAUCUCCAAAAUACGGCAUCAUGGGAAAACAGAACAGCAAGCUGACCCCUGAGGUGAUGGAGGACCUGGUGAAGAGCACGGAGUUUAACGAACACGAGCUGAAGCAGUGGUACAAAGGCUUCCUCAAAGACUGCCCCAGCGGCAGGCUGAACCUGGACGAGUUUCAACAACUCUAUAUCAAGUUCUUCCCGUACGGCGAUGCAUCAAAGUUUGCACAGCACGCCUUCAGGACCUUCGACAAGAACAGCGAUGGCACCAUCGACUUCAGAGAGUUCAUCUGUGCCCUGUCCAUCACAUCGCGUGGCAGCUUCGAGCAGAAACUCAACUGGGCCUUCAACAUGUACGAUCUGGAUGGAGAUGGCAAGAUCACCAGGGUGGAGAUGUUAGAGAUCAUUGAGGCCAUAUACAAAAUGGUGGGCACUGUGAUCAUGAUGAAGAUGAACGAGGACGGCCUGACACCGGAGCAACGGGUGGACAGGAUCUUCAGCAAGAUGGACAAGAACAACGACGACCAGAUCUCAUUGGAUGAGUUCAAAGAGGCGGCCAAGAGCGAUCCGUCCAUCGUGCUCCUGUUGCAGUGUGAUAUGCAGAAGUGAGGAGGUGGUGCUCGUCUGCAGAAAAUCAGACCUGCUCACUCUUUGGACAGGCAGCACAUGUUUUAAUGUUUCAUUAAGUUCUUCUUCUUCAACUUCUCAGCCUUUUCCACAGGAAAAUAAUUAUGCUUGGACUAUUUUUCAAUGGACUUGCUUCUUGUGGUUGUAUGCAUGAGAAUGUCAAAUAGCAGAAUAAUUUUAAAUAUAUUAUAUUACACAGUAUCAUGAUACAUUUAUAUUUUAUCGAAACUGAUCUGCCAAUGUGAAUUGUGCACAAGUCAUCCUAUUCCAUUUACCCAUUCACUUUUAGGCUAGCUUGUAUAUCAGUGAAGCUCUAUACAUCAAAUGAUUCUGUUCCUGCAGUAUUUAGAUGAUCUAUGUCCACUGCUGCAGCUAGCUUCUAAUGCUUAAUAUGCUGGUAAUGAACACUCAUUCCUAUGAUAAUUGUAACUCGUCUCUAUAAUAUUCAAACUUCUUGAGCUCUUGGAAAAAUAGAGGAGAUUCUUGUUCUUUCCAAAUAAGGUGUUCUAUUCAGACUGACUGGAAUUGAAGUGUAGGUUCUAAUCUUUGCAUGCAUGUGUUAUGUGUUCAGGCUCUAUAAUCUAACCUCUUAUUAAGUUGUUGCAUCUGCAAGCGGGGUAUUCAAGGAGAAGCCCUACGAAAAGCGUUUGGUAUUGUUGCAUGGGAUGUACAGUAGUGAUUCACCAGACCAUUACAUUAUUAACCUCCUGUGGGAGCUUGUUGCCCUCAUUUUUUAUAAUGUAUACAUGUGUAAUUAAUGUGACACUUGAGUUCUUGAACGACAGCCAAUACGGGCCCAGGUUGUAACCUCUCACACAGAGAGAAGAUGUAUCUGAAAGUUGAGUAUUGAAUUCAAGUCCAGCAGUACUGAGAAACGAGAGAAUAAAUCUGGUGCUGAUUAUAUACUACCCACUGGGCAAAAACUGGUUGAAUCAACGCUAUUUCCACGG